AGUGUAGCCGUCAACCAUUUGCUAGGUAGACAAGACAGAAUCUGUUCUGGGGCUCAAAAGUUGUUGCACACACUGUCCUGGGAACAGCAGGGAGAGGCAUGGCAGGGCAAGGCACAGGCACAGGCACAGGCAAUGCGUACUUGGUAACAGAAUGACAAGGGGAGCUGAGGAGCAGCUGAAGAGAUGCGAUGCAUGCAAGGAAUGCUCUAUUAUAAUACAAGCAGGCAGGCUGGACAGGACCCUGCUGUUUCGGAUACGGUCCUGGAUCCAGCUGGGGAGAAAAGUCGAUUGCCAUAAUGUAAUUACUGGAAUUCUCCCUGUUGGAUUGCAAAAUGUUGUGACAUUGAUUACAUCGAAUUGAAGUUAUUCAGAGCGGAAUGUUCAUGUCUGGUCUCCAACCGGUGGCCCAAGAUAGAUUGCACAUCGUCGCUAAGGUGGCCAGCCAUCCCCUGAUUGUCUGCAACGCCGGUGUCCAUGUAACCCAACGCGCUCCAUUGCACACCCGCAAUUUCACCCUCGCUAGGCUGGAGAAGGACGAUUGUGACGAGAGCGCAAACGAUAACGGGCGCCUGCCUCCUCGGACAGUCGAUUUAAUAAGCAGCCAUCGUCUGAGCGCCAGCGUCAGUGAGGUCGUUUCGGCGGCCGCCACUGAAGUGGAAGCGUCGCCGUCGUCGUCGCCGCAUCAGCAUCAGCAUCAGCAUCAGCAGCACCCGCAGCAGCACAGUGCUGCCCGCUACGUCCUGCAACCGCCCUUCCGCACCCGCGCAGCGAACUCUUCUGGGCGCCCACCUCUGCCUCUGUAUCAGCUGACUGCCUCGCGGCUCUGGAACCCGACAAACUCGACUCCCCGUGAGCUCGAGAGCCGACCCCAUCGCCCAUCUACUCCCCCGCCGCCUGCUGUGCCACUGUCGCACCCUGUCCUUCACGCUAUCGCACCGACCGAUCCUGCAGACCCCGUAUCCACCUCGGCAGGGGAACACCCGCUACUCACCCUCCCCGAACUGCGCCAGACUCGCCAUUCCACUUCGACCCGUGCCAGCUUGCAGAUUGACAAGGCCGGGAGCGAUCCUCGCGUUAGCCUGCCUGGUUCCCUGCGACACUCGUACGACAGCAAGGGCGCUGCAUCCUCUUUCAACACAGGCGCGCAAGCAGACCCUGGAUCUCCGACUAUCAAUCAAGAAGAAACUUGGGAACAAGGCCAGCCACCUUUGAGCCCGCGGCGGUGGCCGACCUCGGCAUUGGCAUCUUUGGCCCCAACACCUGAGUUUUUUUCCAUCGGCACACUGGAUAAGGGUAAAGGAAGAGAAAUCAUGAACAGCCCGGACCAAGGCCCGGGGAGGCAGCCGCCUAGAGAUGGAGACGUGGAGAGAGGCCCGGACGUCCUGUUGAGUCCAGAUGAGCCUCGUCGGUCUAUGGUAUCUGGUAUCGGCUCGGCAAUAUCCUCGGACAACUCCUCGAUUAUGGGCGACCCGGAUCAACCGAUCGAUGCCGGCGAAGAAUGGGGUCCGCAGCACCCUUGCUACCCCCAUCUGAACCCUCACGUCCCCGUCGACUCACCCGAGUACGCCAAAACCCGCAUCAUCAGGAUCCGAAGGGACUGGCUGCUCGAGGGCGAUUUGGCUCCGACUUUCUCAAAUCUUUACCCCGAAAUCCUGGACCCGGCUGGUCUUUCGGAGCAAGAGUUUCGGCGAGUAAUAGAAAAACUCAACGGAGAGUUGAUACCCAUCUUCAACCCCUACAGCUGGAGGAAUCUGUUUGAUGGCUUCAUGGGCGUCGUCACGGGCUGGCUUUGGGAAGAUAUCGGUUUCACGGGAGCCAAAAUCCGUCUAAGAAAGCUUGAGCAAUGGAUCGAGAAGUGGAAUGCCGAUAUGGAAAAGACCAUAUGUUCAGAGGAUGGCAUCAUACCUCCCAUGCUGAUCCCAUUACGCCAGACUGCAUACAUGAGUUUGGACAUUCGAAUCGGCGAUCCAGAGAUCGCUCCCGCACAAGCACCCGUACCCGAGACUCCAGUAGCGUUAGGCCCGGGCAUAUCAUCAGAACCAGAAGCACCAGCACCCGAUGAAGGGCCCUCAUAA